AUGGGAAUGUUUACUCGCGUUGUGAUGCCUUGGUGGGGACCCGCGAAGAAGAACCGUGUCCGCCAGCAAUUCUUCCUUAAGGUUUCCCCAGGUGUUCCCCAAUCAAGUAAGGAUAAGGAAAUAUUCAACCCUGACUGGUCAAUUAAACCGGAAUGGGAUUACGAGAAAGAAGGCAACCGUCUAGUGUUUAUUGACAAGUCCAAUUCUGGUCGUCGGUACACUGAAGACGAUCUGGCAUCCUGUCGACAGGACCAAUUCACAACUAUGGUGUAA